ACACCUGACUGUUGUUGUAAGACAGAACUGAAAAAUUGAGAACCUAUCCUCUAGGGGAGUUUCCUGUAACAAGUCCACUUCUGUAACCACUGCUGCCCAACUAUCUCCACGAUACUUUAGUUAAAUUCUUAAUAAACUUCAGCUGACUUAUACCUCCGUGAUGUAUGUGUUGAAUGUUUCAAUAAAAAAAAUACUGAACUGAUGCCAGUGACAAAACUGGAUUAUGUUGUAUGAUCUCACACCAACACAUUCUUAUUAUUAGGAAAGCUGGAUGUCGUAAUCAGAUAAGAUGUGUAACGUUGUUUGGCUGUUACCAAAAAUCCUCCAAAUACAUCACCAAAUAAAUCUGACUGACUGUAACUGUCACUUGCUUGCCAUAAGACAGAAUAUAUUGCGGGGUGCAGUUACUUGUACUCGCAUCACUGCUCCUGCAUACUUACUAUAUAAAGCCUGGUAUGUAGCUUUCAACUGUUUUGACUUGGUUCAAAUGCACCCCCAAGAAAGAAAUCAACUAAGUGAAUAUUCAAGAAGCAGUACAAACAGGAAGCACAAGCACAUUUCACCACGGCAGAGUGAGCUAUACAAGUGACCGAGACAAUGGCAGAAACCACAAUGGCUGAAACAUUCUUCUUUGAUUCUGGGUUACCUUUAAAGGUAGCAGACCUUGGAGAACUUGAGAAUUAUACAUACCCGACUGAAGAGAUAUUCCUCUGCGAUGAUGACCUGGGCCUGGAGACCAUGUAUGCUGUGCUCUACGGUUUAAUAUUUCUGCUGGGCAUGGCAGGGAAUGGCCUGAUGAUAACAGUGCUGCUGAGACACUGGCGCCUUCUACGCAUCACUGAGAUCUACCUGCUGCACCUGGCCCUGGCUGACCUGAUGCUUCUUUGUACGUUUCCUUUUGAAAUGGUUAAGUUCGCUAAUGGAUGGCUGUUUGGGGAGUUUCUCUGCAAGCUGAUGGGCCUGGUGAAGAAGCUCAACUUCCUCUUUGGGAGUUUCCUUCUAGCUUGCAUUGGGUUUGAUCGGUAUUUGGCUAUUGUUCAUGCUAUUCCUAGCCUGCAAAGUCGACGUCCAAGAACAGUGCACCAAACAUGCAUUUCACUGUGGCUGGUCUGUUUGGGUUUGUCAAUACCUGAUGUUGUGUUUCUUACUGUGACAGAGGAAUACACAGAGACAGAAAAGUUGUCCUGUGACUAUUAUCAGUACGGUAUCCAUGGAAGCAACUGGGUUUUGACCAAUAGCAUCUUAAAUCAUGUUUGCUUUUUCCUACCUUUGGCUGUCAUGAGCUACUGCUACACAGCAAUAGUAGUUACUUUGCGCAAAAGUCAGAAAAACAAAGCGACGCGAGGUGCCAUUCGACUAGCUUUACUUAUCACCCUCAUCUUUUGCUUCUGUUUGCUUCCAUAUAACAUCACCUUACUGAUAGGGACAAUGGUAGAUUUCGGGAUCAUCACAUACAAAAACUGUGAGUCUCAUAACUUACUGAACACAGCUCUUGAGGUGACACGCAGCCUGGGUUUCUCACACUGUUGUCUGAAUCCUUUCUUGUACGCCUUUGUUGGGGUGCGGUUUCGCAAUGAGUUAAUAGAGUUGCUUUGCCAGUUGGGCUGCCGUCGUGUUUGUCUGCCUUUCAUCAGAGCUCGGGGUCACAGUCGACCAUCGGUUUCUGAUGGAGCGACCACCAGCAGCACCAUCUUAAUCUAAUACACCCUGAUACAUUAUCAGCUGUAACUAAAAUGCUUCUGUUCUGUUGUUUUCUACAGUAUUUCACUUGUAAUGAUGGACAGUGUUUCAAUUUUAUCAGAUACUCUGACAAUAUAGUACCCAUUGUUGUUUUGAUUGCAUUUAAAAGAUGAUUUAUUUACCCAGUCAAAAAAAAAAAUGUUGUUAAAAUGUUGUUGGGAAAAAUCUGUUUUUGCUUGUAUUUUAGCUACUGCUCUGUUAAUAAAGAUUUCAAAUGUUUUACAUCAA